AUGUCGGAAGAUCGUUUUGUAAGCCGCACUCUCUCAGAGCUUCAAGAAGCUAAUCGAAGUCCAAUAUUUGGUUAUGAAGAUCCAUCCAUUCUGACACUAGAAGAAGCUAUGGAAAAACUAAUUCCACUCAUUCCCGAUGUCUUAACUUAUGUUAUGACAGCUAAAAGGAAAUAUUAUCGACAUUCAGGUUUGUUAAUGCCCGAUGAAUCGGCAGCAAUAUAUCUUUACUCGAUGCCAUCAUCUUUUUAUUCUUGUCUCAACAAAGCACUUCGAGCUGAAAAUCGACAUGCACUUAAACCGUGGUUUGCCUACUUAAAAUUGUUUAUGACAGCUCUCAAGAAAUUACCAUCAAUUAAGGCGGUUGUUUGGAAAGGCAUCUACGGUGAUGUCAGUUCAGUCUUUGAUAACAAUAAUAUCGACAUUUGGUGGAGUGUAAAUUCAACUUCGAUGGAUCUGAAAAUUGUUCAACCAUUUCUGGAUGAACGAAGCACUUUGUUUGCUAUUGAAGCUAUGCAUGGCAAAGAUAUCUCCAAAUUUUCAGCAUGUCCAGAGGAGCGAGAAGUUAUUCUAAUGCCUGGAACUUGUGUGCGAGCCAAAACCGAAAUACUCAAUUUCAAAGAUUUUCUCUUUGUUAUUCAUUUGGAAGAAGUAACUCUUCAAAGUGAAUCACAGCCUGAGUCAAAUCAUCUAUUUGAAUGGAUAAAACAAGAAUAUAGACAAAAUGGUUAUAUUGAACGUCUAAUGAAUCCAGCAAAAUUCUAUCCAAUUGAAGACAGUUACAUUAAUUUAGCCAUCAUCGAAACUAAAAAACAACAACAAAAAGAAAAACAACUUCGCGAUGCUCCCAACAAUGAUGCUAUUAUGGAAAGUUUUGAAGAGAUUUAUGGAAUAGAAACUGCAAUAGAUAUCAAAAACAUUUUUGAAGCAUGCAAAAAUCGAGAGAAGAGAGUGCUGGUGUUCGGACGUGCUGGAGUCGGAAAAUCUACAUUUUGUCGGUAUAUUGCUUAUCAAUGGGCAAUGGGUUCAUAUUGGACAGAGUACGAGUUAUUGGCUUUGAUUCCAUUACGUCGCUUAACAAAUAUUCGAUAUCCUCCUUUACCAUUUGGCCAAAAUUAUUCUUUGCUUGAUAUUGUGAAAAAAGAGAUUUUUUCGUAUGAUUUAUCUGAAAGUGACGAAAAACUUCUCAAAAAAAACUUUGAUCCAAAAAAGACUCUAUGGAUUUUGGAUGGAUAUGAUGAAAUUGUACAAAAUAUUCCCUCACAUUUAGAAUAUUUAUUCGAACAAUUACUUAAGACCCCACAUCAUAUAUUAACAUCUCGCCCAUAUUUAAAUGCAUUACCCUAUCAUGUGCAAAUGGAAAUCACAGGUUUUACAGACCAAAAUAUAGAACAGUAUGUGCAGCAAUUCUUUGAUCAAAUGAAAGAUGAAUUAGAUAAUUCUUUGAACAAAAGUCAAAAAUUAUUCAAAUUCUUACAGACAAAUCGAUCUAUUUGGGGUGUUGCACAUAUUCCAGUGAAUCUAGAGCUAAUAUGUAGUCUUUGGAGUAACGAAGAUUUUAUAGAAACAAAAGAAUUAACAAUAACGUCAUUGUAUACAGUUAUGAUUGAAUGGUCAUGUCGACAAUAUUUAUCAAUGCGAGAUAAAGAAAUUGACAAUUUAUUAUCUAAAAACGACGUCAAUCAACGUUGUGAAAAAGAAUUAGCAUUCUUAGAAAAUCUUGCGUUUAAUGGAAUGAAGAGUAACACUAUAAUUCUACGACCAAAUUUACUGAGAAAAGCAUUUAAUGAAGAAAAAGUCUCUUUAUAUAAUCAUCCGCAUAUACUCAAUAUGGGAGUUCUCAAAAGUUUUAAUAAACAAGGUAUCAAUACUCAAAUUGAAACGGAUAAAGAUCAUUAUUUUGUGCACCUCAGUUUUCAGGAAUAUUUUGCUGCACGAUAUUUGAUUAAAGCUCUCAAAGAGUCUUCCAUUCAUCAAGAAGUAAUCAAAUUUAUUCAACGAGAAAAAUACAAUCAACGUUAUGCAUUAGUGUUUACUUUUCUAUCCGGUCUUUCUAGUGACGCCGAUACAAGCAUAUGCUUAAACACCUUCUGGGAACUUAUAUUAACACCACCGAUCGAUCUUCUUGGAAUAAGACAUAUGCAACUUGUGAUUUCUUGCAUUGAAGAGACAUCAAGCCAAUCAACUAUUUCGCAACACAUUGUAUUGAUCGAAUGGAUAGCAAAAUACAUUGAAUAUAAUUUGUCAUCAGAAGACAAAAUUAUUCCUGAAUGUCUUGUACAAUCAUUAGGAAGCGCACCAUUGGUAAUAAGCAGUCAAACAAUUAUCAAUGUAAUUACCCAUCUACUUCAAAAUGAUGAUUCAAAGAUCAGAAUCGAAGUGCUCUCAUUCAUUUCUAAAGUGAGCAGUUCAAAUCUACCGGUUGCACUGAUCAAAUUAGUGACUAUCGCACUAGAUGAUAAAGAUGUGAUGGUUAGAUUCGAUGCAUGUGAAGCUCUCGGGAAUAUAGGUGAAAAAGCAGUGACAAAGGAAGUAAUCACUAAACUGGUUAGUGCAUUAGACGAUGCAAAUGAAUGCGUCAGAUCAAGUGCAAGCGGCGCUCUCAGAAAAAUGGGUGAAAAAGCAGCAACGAAUGAAAUGAUAACUAAAUUGGUUAGUGCAUCAGAAGAUGCCAGCAAUAGGAUCAAACCCAGUGCGUGCGACUCUCUCACGAAAAUCAGUGAAAAAGCAGCAACAGACGAAGUGGUCGCUAAACUGGUUAGUGCAUUAGAAGAUCAAAGUGUAUUGAUACGAUUUGGUGCAUGCGUCGCUCUCGGAAAUAUAGGUGAAAAAGCAGCAGCGAAUGAAGUGAUCACUAAACUGGUUGGUACAUUAGAAGAUCAGAAUGCAUGGAUAAGAUGGGGUGCAUGCCUCGCUCUCGGAAAUAUAGGUGAAAAAGCAGCCACGAAUGAAGCCAUUACUAAACUGAUUAGUGCAUUAGAAGAUAAGAGUGAAUCCGUUAGAUCAAGUGCAUGCGAAGCUCUUGGAAAAAUGGGUGAAAAAGCAGCAACGGAUGAAGUGGUCACUAAACUGGUUUGUGCAUUAGAAGAUCAAAGUGCAUGGGUAAGAUUGGGUGCAUGCGGUGCUCUCGGAAAUAUAGGUGAAAACGUAGCGACAAAUGAAAUCAUCACUAAACUGGUUAUUGUAUUAGAAGAUGAGAGUGAAUUGGUCAGGUCAAGUGCAUGCCAGGCGCUCAGAAAAAUGGGUGAAAAAGCAGAAACGAAUGAAGUGAUCACUAAACUGGUUAGCGCAUUACAAGAUAAAAGUGAAUCCGUUAGAUCAAAUGCAUGCGAUGCUCUCGGAAAAAUGGGUGAAAAAGCAGCGACAGAUGAAAUCCUCACUAAACUGGUUAUUGCAUUAGAAGAUGAGAGCCAACGGGUCAGAGACAGUGCAUGCGUCGCUCUCGGAGUUGUAGGUGAAAGAGCAGCAACGAAUGAGGUGAUCACUGAACUGGUUAGAGCAUUAGACGAUAAGAGAGAAUGGGUCAGAUCAAGUGCAUGCAACGCUCUCGGAAAUAUAGGUGAAAAAGCAGCAACGAAUGAAGUGAUCGCUAAACUGAUUAGUGCAUUAGAAGAUAAGAGUGAAUCAAUUAGAUCAAGUGUAUGCCAAGCUCUCGAAGAAAUGGGUGAAAAAGCCGCGACGAACGAAGUGAUCACUAAACUGGUGAUUGCAUUAGAAGAUGAUAGUUACAGUGUCAGAAACAAUGCUUGCCAAGCUCUCGGUAAAAUGGGUAAAAAGGCAGUGUUGAACGAAGUAAUCAAUAAAUUGGUUAGUGCAUUAGAAGAUAAGAGUGAAUUGGUCAGAUCAAGUGCAUGCCACGCUCUCGGUGAUAUGGGUGAAAAAGCAGCGACGAAUGAAGUAAUCACUAAACUUCUGAAUAUACGUGACGCUCAUGGACAAUUGUCUUAUGAAGCUGCAAAUACUAUAGAUGGUAUUUUACAUUCGUCAGCCGUAAUGAUUGCUUUUGGCCCAAUGUUAAUUUCGAAACUCUGCGUGUGUGGAAGACAAUUGAAGUGCUUAAAAAUUGUUUCACUGAAUGAACUUAUCAGAAAAUUUUUCGAUACUCAAGAUGCUGAUUGGUUGUUGACGGCGAUUGACAUAGCACUUCAGAAGUGUGCUGCUGUAUCGAUCAAUGAAGAUAAAUUGAUGGUGUAUGAUAAUGGAGAACCAGUAGAACUGCGCAUUCCAGAUUUGAAACUACAGAACGAACUCAUUGAAGCUUUUACUAAUAAGGCAAAAGUACUUCAUUUAUCUUUUGGUAAUGCAUUAGAAGAUGAGAGUUCCAGUGUCAAAAUCGAUGCAUGCGAAGCUCUUGAAAAUAUAGCUAUAGCUACAUCAUCAUCUGUAUUUGAUUUUGAAUGCGAUAGCCAACCUGUCCUGUAUUUUACUGACUUCGAGCUGUCAUCGUUGAUUUUGCAUCCAGAUACUACGCACGUGAUUACUUACAAUAUGGACCGGCAGUUUGUGAAAACUAUAGCUGAGCUGAAUCCACAAUAUCCUUUUUGCAUUCUUUCCUCCGAAACAGUACCUCCUGGUUUAGUAUCAAAUCCAUUUCUGAUUCGAUAUUACUAUGUUUCCACAUCAGUGGCUGAUGCUGGAAAAACGUUAACUACUCUUGAUCGCGUAACAAAUAUCGAUUCGAUCGAACGCUUUUCCAGUGAACUCUAUACCGAUCUGGCUGAGUUUUACCGAAAUAAGGCCUAUCGUGCUCUGAAUAAAAAACAUGAUCGUGAUGAAAUUAAGAGUCUUCUCGGGAAGUCGAAAAGAUGUUUGGAAAUGCUGAAAUACGUCAUCGAACGAUUCGCCGUCAAUAUGGAGACAAGUCAAUAUGUCAGCUGA